UAGUAAUGUCUUUGGUUCAACUUGGGAGAGAGGUGUUUCAGGAGCGGUAUAAAUAUACAGUGGAAGUUACAUAGAGCAAGCGCAGAAGAUGGGCAAUGCUGGCAGUACAAGAAAAAUUAGUUUACAAAAUGAAGAUCCCGCAAGUGUGAUCAAGGUUUCUGAUUCAGUUGUUCAGCGUCUUAAAGGAGCAGGUGAGACGGAAAGUCAAGACGAUGCACGCCCCAAGAACAGUAAUUCCUCACCAAGUCAGCAGCAGUACAUCAACGAAAACGAACCUUCAAAGACCUCUCUUGAAGUUAGACGUGAGAAAGAAGCUGAAAUAAGAAAUAAUGAUGUCUACUGGGAGAGAAGGUUAGCUAAGCUCCAGGACACCCAUAACAGGGUAAAUCGCCGAAUGGAAGAAGAAUACGAGGCAGCUGUUCAAGAAGUGAAGAAAAGCUUUCCAAAAAUGCCAGUGGAGAACCAAGUAAUACCUUGCCAGGAUGCAAAGGCCGUUGUCAUCAAUUGCUACAAACAACACCCAAGACAGACAUUAUUGUGUGCAAAAGAAGUUGAAGCAUUUUCAGCAUGUAUUGACAUGAAAAGAAGAAAUAUUAUGUCUAAUAAGGCAUGACAGUCGCAUGGCGGUCGCGUUCACAAUAGAAAAAGAACACGUAGGGAGAAGAUGAUGUGACCUAACAUGCUGUAAAAAGAGUGAGUGCUGAGUGCUGGAGAGAGUUGUCAGUGUGGGUGCGUAAUACCACAUCGUACAUCGCCUGGAUUGCCCAAUCUUUAAGGAGCGACUGGAAAGAAAUCGGCAUGGACUGGUUUGUGUAUAUAUGUAACUAUCUUUUCCCACAGUUUAUAGCAUUGUUAUGUAAAUUUAAAAUCUAAUUAAAAGUACGAUAAACAAUA